AAUAAUAUAUUACCUGUUUCCACAGGAUUCGAUAUUGUCAUAAUGCGCGUUUCCGAACAAAUACAUUUUUGGUUGUCCCGACACGUAGGUUAUUCGUGUGGAAUGAUGUUAUUCUUGUUCGUUGUUUUUCGUUUCGAUUUUUAUCGCACGAAAAUACCAUGAAUCUCGAUAACGCGCGGGCUACCGUCCGGCAGUUGUAGGUGCCAGAUAAGCUAAUUAAAUAAUUGACAACGUCCAUAAUACCAUAUAAUAAUAUCAUAAUAAUAUUAUAGUACGACCGUCGUAAAACCGUAAAAACAAUAAUUGGCGUGUCUAUAAAAAGAAAACAGUCAAACGACAACCGCUGAAAUAGUGCUAUUAUAAUUUAUAAUACAUAAUAAUAUUAUAGGUAAACAGCAGGCAGUCGUGUUUAAAAUGGUAUUUAAUAGGCUCGUCGAUCAUGAUCGCGGAAACGUGAAUAUUAAUUACAAUAUUAUACUAUCAUUGUUUAUUAGUUUUCAUGAUAUUAAAUUACAUAUCCGCGGACUACGAUUUGCGUGUUUUUGACACGGUUUUUCGAACGAUAUUCGUUCACUCGAUCGUCUGCGCUUAAUCUAUGGUGUGUGUGACCUCGGCCAAUACAACGUCCUAAACUAUGACGCAAUCGUCUAAUCUGUAUAGUAGCCUGCAGUAGGUACCUAUAGGUACUAUGCGCCGUACACACGCGGUACGUGUUUAUUACAUUUUUCUCUAUAGUUAUGAUCAUAAUAACAUAUUUUUUUUGUUUUCAAAGUAGACGCGACGGUCUGCAGUAGUUGUGUAAUGUAUAUACCGUUCGCAUUAUCUAAUUCUCAGUACGAUUUUUGUAGUGGUAUCACUGCGCCGCCGCCGCCGCCGCCGUAUAGUGUUUCGUUUUUCCGAAAUUUUCUUUUCGUUAACGUCUUAUAUUAUUGGAUACGUCCUAUUGCGUAUGACUACGGAAACGCGUCAGAAAGUGUUUGCAUCGCGCGCCGGUCUGACGUGAUAUAGAAAUGUCCAUCCCAACCCCAUGUGCAUCCACGGCCGAUGGCAGCAACGACGGCGAACAACCGGAAACUGACUACAUAAAAAUGUUCGUGGGCCAGAUACCUAGGGCGAUGAACGAACAGGACCUGAUGGACAUGUUCGGCGAGUUUGGCCGAGUGUACCAGUUGAACUUGCUCAGGGACAAGUUCUCCGGGGUCAGCAAAGGAUGUUGUUUCGUUACGUAUUAUACGAGAAAAGCCGCUCUCGACGCUCAAAAUGCUCUACACAAUAUCAAGACGCUGCCAGGGAUGCACCACCCGAUACAAAUGAAGCCCGCUGACAGUGAAAAUCGAAGUGAAAGAAAACUGUUCAUCGGAAUGCUGUCGAAAAAAAUAUCUGAACCCGACAUCAGGCUGAUGUUCGAACCUUUCGGAGCCAUCGAAGAGUGUUCGGUACUCCGGGACCCGAAUGGCGUUAGCAAAGGUUGUGCGUUCGUCACGUACACGACCAAACAGAACGCCAUCGCAGCCAUCAAGGGUAUGCAUCACUCGCAGACCAUGGAGGGUUGCACGUGUCCACUGGUGGUGAAAUUUGCCGACACCCAAAAGGAAAAGGACCAGAAACGCAUGCAGCAGAUGCAAGCAAACCUGUGGGGCCUGGCAGCGACUGGAGGCAACAGCGUGCCCACCGCCCAGUACUUGGCCCUCGGCGUACUGGCCAAUCAGCAGAUGAACAAUGACACGAAUUCGCUGUCGUCACAAGUGCUCCAGCAGAUCCAGCUGAACGCUGCCGCCGCUGCUGUGGCCGCCAACAACAACAACAACCAUCAGCUGAACAAUCUGCUUUUGACCAGCAACACAGGUGCGCUCAAAUCCCCGUAUCAUGUCCAGACGUCCCAUUACCAUCCCACACAUGUAGAUACCAUGUCACCUCGGCGUUUAGAUUACACCGAUCCUUUCUAUACAGGCUACCAGAAUUUGUCAGCGUCGCCGCCGAGCCUGGGAGACUUGAACCCUGGAAACUUGCAGAACUUGUCGACGCUCGCCAAUUUGUCCGUCGGAAACCCUAUAGUCAACUCUGUGAACAUGCAGAAUCUAGUCACGUUGGCAGCGAUGGGAGCAAAUUCCGUCUCGCCUACAGGGUCCAGUUCGUCUAGUCUAAGUAGUUCAGCUCUGUCGAGUUUGUCGCCUACGUCUGCAGCCGCUGCAGUUUUAUUUGGGAAAAAUUCCGGUCUUUUGGCGGGCACCAACGGCACGAACGGCAGCACAUACGGUUCGUCGCUGAACGCACUUGGUCUCACGCUGGCUGACCUCAACUCUAACCAGUUCGCCAUGCCGCAAUCGCCACCGGCCAGUUCGCCGCUGUACUUUUUGAACAACAACAAUAACAACAACAACAGUCCGACAAAAGUGUCCAGCAAGCAGCUUGAAGGUCCGGAAGGUGCCAAUCUGUUUAUAUACCAUCUCCCCCAGGAUUUCGCUGAUUCUGAUCUCGUGACCAUGUUUUUACCAUUUGGUAACGUUAUAUCGGCAAAGGUUUACAUUGAUAAAGAGACCAAACUGUCCAAGUGUUUCGGGUUCGUGUCGUACGACAACGCGUACAGCGCGCAGGCUGCCAUACAGACGAUGAACUCUUACCAGGUGGGUAACAAGAGGCUGAAGGUGCAGCUCAAGAGACCCAAAGAGGCGUCCAGGCCGUACUAACGACGGCGCAAACCACCGACCGACCAUCAACCAAGACCGAUCGUGCAUCGCACUACCCCGCAAGAACGGUCGUCGUGUACGCUCCGCGUUGUUUUUAUUGAAGAAGACAUGAAAAUUUAUAAUAAUAAAAUUUGUUAUGUGUGUACAUAAUAAUACUUGGUUUCUUUUACUUUUGUUUCGUUUUUUGUUUUUGUUUUCGUUUAUUAUUAUUAUUUUUUUUUAUAUAUAAUAUAUAAAUAAUAUGUAAUUCUACAUGACACAGAAUGGUAGGGAUAUUUUUAACGCAGCUUUUGAGGUAAAACAAUUUGAGAACGAAAGAUGUAAAGAACUAUAUAAUAUACUGAAUUACGAAAAAUCGAAACAUAACUUAAUGACAUACCUAGGUACUGGCAUUCUCAUUUGAACUAUUUAAUUAUGUAUAUGUAUAUAUGUCUUAUGAUAUGUAUAAGGAUAUGUCAUACUAUUAAUAUUGUUUUGUUUCCGUGUUUUUCUUUUUCAUUAUUUCUUUUUUUGUUUUGUUCUAAUGUUUUUAUUUCUCAACAAAAGGACCAAUUUUUCGUUAUUAUUUAUUAUUCUUUGGGACGCCGUUUCGACUCGUCUGUCUCUAUGUAUGUAUGGUUUUACACUUAACACUGAACAGUAGUCUUAAAUUAAUUAAUUUUUGAUCGUUAAAAAAUGACAUCUCUAGACUGCUCUUUUAUUAUUAAUGUGUAAUGUUUUCUUUAUCGUUUUCGAACUAAUCGUGUAUACCCUUGAAAUUAUUUGUUCGGCAAUCAGGGUAUUAAGAGAGUAUACCCUUAAAGAAAUGUAAUUUAUUUGAUAAAUAUUGAUAAUAAUGUACUAAAAUAACAUUUGAAUUACGCCCCGUAAUGGUUCCUGUAGUUUAAUAAAAAAAAAAAAACCAAAAAAUUACAUGUUUAACGUACAGUUUUGUAAAAAUAGUAUACUCAUAAUUAUGUAAUAACUACCUAAUAAUAAUGUUUGUUUUGUUUUUUCUUUUUAAUUGCAACGACUUAUAAAAUUAAAUUUUGUUCAGUAUUAAUUUUAAUUUAUUGUUUUUGCAUGUGUUAAUAAUUUUAUAGACUUUCCAAUUGAUGCCAUUUUCUAUAACUACAAAGACUUACAUUUUUGUUUAGGUGAUAUUAUUAUGUUCUUUGUGCUUAAAAAAAAAAAAAAAAACACUAAAAAAAAAUCACGUGUUCAUGAUUGUGAAAAUUUGUCUUUUUUUGUCUUGUGUCCCGUUUGCAUUUAUAUUAUAUAAAGUAAUAAUAUUGUUGAGUAAAUGUUUAUAAUGAUAUCAAAUCAUCACGAUCGUUGACAGGCAUUAUUGUGAUAAGGAUAGCCUAAUUUUGUUUUGUUUUAUUAUUAUUAAAAAUGUUUUUUUUUUCCAUUAAUUAAAAGCAUCGAAACUUAAUAUUAUAUUAUAUAUUUAUUUAUAUACAUAUAUAUUAUAGCACUGCUACUCGUGAGCUAGUAACUUAGUCAAAACGUAUUGAAUAUUUUUUAAAACUAGUAUUUUGGUGCUAAAGCGAUUUUUAACAUGUUUUUGUUUAUUUUUUUUUUUGCAUUAGGCCAUAUUAUGUUAUGUAAUAUUAGGUUAAGGUAUCUAGCCCAAGUGAAAUGGUUUGUUUGUUUGUUUGUUUUUUUUUUUUUUUUUUUUUAAUUUUGUUUCAAAAUAAUUUUCCCAUCCAAUUUUUGAAGACUCUUAUUAUAUAUAUUUAGAUAAAACACGUUGUAAUAUUAUGUUUAUUGAUGUUCACUUAUUGUUUGUGAAAGAAAAGUUUUUUGUGUUUAAACAUAUUUUUUUCUGUUCAUUUUUAUGAAGUUAUAAAUAUAUGAAUAAUUAAUACAAAUACAUUUGCAUGUAAUAAUGCCGUACAAUUAA